AUGCAGAGUGGCUCCUGCAGUUGUUGGAAUUAUUUUACACUACACUACACUCAUAAUGCAGUAAGAGUGACUCCUGCAGUUGUUGGAGCUGUUUCACACUACACUCAUAAUGCAGUAAGAGUGGCUCCUGCAGUUGUUGGAGCUUUUUCACACUGCAUUCAUAAUGCAAUAAGAGUGGCUCCAGCAGUUGUUGGAACAGUUUCACACUGCACUCAUAAUGCAGUAAGAGUGAGUACUGCAGUUGUUGGAGCUGUUUCACACUACACUCAUAAUGCAGUAAGAGUGGCUCCUGCAGUUGUUGGAGCUGUUUCACACUACACUCAUAAUGCAGUAAGAGUGGCUCCUGCAGUUGUUGGAGCUGUUUCACACUACACUCAUAAUGCAGUAAGAGUGGCUCCUGCAGUUGUUGGAGCUGUUUCACACUACAUUCAUAAUGCAGUAAGAGUGGCUCCUGCAGUUGUUGGAGCUGUUUCACCCUACAGUCAUAAUGCAACUCAUAAUGCAGUAAGAGUGACUCCUGCAGUUGGUGGAGCUGUUUCACACUACAAUCAUAAUGCAGUAACAGUGGCUCCUGCCAUUGUUGGAGCUGUUUCUCACUACAUUUAUAAUGCAGUAAGAGUGUCUCCUGCAGUUGUUAAAGCUGAUUCACCCUACACUCAUAAUGCAGUAAGAGUGGCUCCUGCAGUUGUUGGAGCUGUUUCACACUACAUUCAUAAUGCAGUAAUAGUGUCUCCUGCAGUUGCUGGAGCUGUUUCAAACUACACUCAAAAUGCAGGAAGAGUGUCUCCUGCAGUUGUUGGAGCUGUUUCACACUGCACUCAUAAUGCAGUAAGAGUGACUCCUGCAGUUGUUGGAGCUGUUUCACACUACACUCAUAAUGCAGUAAGAGUGGCUCCUGCAGUUGUUGGAGCUGUUUCACACUACACUCAUAAUGCAGUAAGAGUGGCUCCUGCAGUUGUUCGGGCUGUUUAA